AUGUUAGGUGGGGAUGCAGAUGCAGGUGAAUUACGGGCGGACAUUUUUGAAAUUAAUUUAGAAUCCCAAAGAAAUUUGUUUGAGGGAGACAUUGCUGGAGAUCCACAAAGGAAUGCUAUAUUAGAUGAAACAAAAAGAUGGAAGUUUCCCAUUCCAUAUAUACUCACAGAUAGUUUGGAUCUUAAUGCAAAAGGAGUGAUCCUUCAAGCAUUAGAAAUGUAUCAUCUUAAGUCUUGUGUGGACUUUAAGCCCUAUGAAGGAGAGAGCACCUAUAUAUCUUUUACCAAGCUGGAUGGAUGUUGGUCUUUUUUGGGAGAUUUAAAGACAGGGCAGAACGUCUCCAUAGGAGAAGGAUGUGACACCAAGGCCAUCGUCGAGCAUGAACUUCUCCAUGCACUGGGUUUCCACCAUGAGCAGUCUCGUUCAGACAGGGAUGACUAUGUUGAAAUCUGGUGGGACCAAAUACUUCCAGGAAAGAAGCACAACUUCAUAAAGUUUGAGGAUGAUUUUAUAACAGAUUUGAACACGCCCUAUGAUUAUGAAUCCAUCAUGCACUACAGACCUCUUUCUUUCAACAAGGACCCUAAUAUUCCCACCAUAACCACCAGCAUCCCUGCAUUCAAUAAAGUAAUAGGACAGCGCUUAGACUUCAGUGCUCUUGAUCUGGAAAGACUUAAUCACAUGUAUGACUGUGCUGAAACCCACACGCUCCUGGACCAGUGUGCCUUUGAGCAGAUCAACAUUUGCGGAAUGAUUCAGUAUGAUGAGGACAAUGAUGACUGGGUCCACACUUUGAGUUCUACUGAUGUAAAGGACCACACUCUUGGAGGACAAUGCAGAGAUGCAGGCUAUUACAUGCAAUUUGACACAGUUAACAAAUCUGAGGGUCACAGUGCUUUGCUGGAGUCACGGAUUCUUUACCCCAAGAGGAACCAGCAAUGCCUUGAGUUCUUCUACAGGAUGAGUGGAGGGCCUGGAGACCAGCUGGUCAUUUGGCUUAGAAUGGAUGAUGGCACUGGCACUGUUCGCAAUGUGAGGAAAGUUCACACUAUCAGAGGGGAUGGUGAUGAGUCAUGGAAGAUUGCACAUGUUUCUCUGAAUGCUGAGGAGAAGUUCCGAUACUUCUUCCAGGGAGUUGUGGGGUCCUUCAAAACGUCAGGAGGGAUCUUUAUAGACGACAUCACUCUGACUGAGACAUCAUGCCCAAAUGCUCUCUGGAGGAUCCAGAACUUUACCAACCUCUUGAAUAAUACCCCUUUUGGUGAAAGUGUUCGGAGUGGUCGUUUUUACAACUCUGAAGGUUAUGCUUAUGGAAUUAACGUUUAUCCAAAUAGCAGGAUAAACUCAUCUGAACAGUUUGUAGGGGUCACCUUUCACCUCUUCGGUGGUGAGAAUGAUGCAGUAUUGGAAUGGCCUGCAAUCAAUCGGCAAGUCACGGUCACGGCUGUGGAUCAAAACCCCGACAUGACACUUCAAAUGUCUAACAGCAGAAGCUUCACCACUGAUGGCGACACAAGGUGGAGUAAGCCAUCUGCAUCUGAACAAUGGGAUGAAAGUUGCGGUUGCUUCAGAGGUCCAGAGUUCGGCUGGGGCACCUUCAUGUCGCACGAUCAGCUCCGCAGGAGGGACUUCCUCAAGAAUGAUGACUUAAUCAUCACUGUUCAUUUUGAUGAUUUGACACAUCUUGUGAAAUCAGAAGUUCCAUUCAAGCCCAAACGCUCAAUCAACCUCAAGCCUGCAGAAGAAAGCUUUGACAGCUCAAAGAAUCGGAAGCCACGUGCCAUCAGCAACCCAUGUCAGCCAAACCCUUGUCAAAAUGGAGGAGCUUGCGUCAUAAACCAGGGGAAGGCAACAUGCAGGUGUGCCUCUGGACAGGCCAUUAUGUACACAGGUGUUACCUGUGAGAACCAACAAAUUGAUGGUGGAAUUCUUGGUAUUAUGAUUGGUGGUGCUGCAGGCACUGUAGCUCUUACUGUUGCCAUUAUUGCAGUGAUCGACAGAAAGCAGUAA